UUGCCACGGUGAUUAUGACGCUCGAGAGGUUCGUUCAGAUUAGCCAUUCUGACGUUAGCAUUAGCUGCUAAAGCAAAGGUAGUUUGCUCGUAAACGUUACUAAAGUAAGCCGAGGAGACAAUAACCUGCAAUCAUGGCAUCUGUUUUAGAUGCUCUCUGGGAGGACAGAGACGUUAGAUUCGACAUAACAGCACAGCAGAUGAAAACUCGUCCAGGAGAAGCACUAAUAGACUGUCUGGACUCCAUAGAAGACACGAAGGGAAACAAUGGAGACAGAGGUCGGCUGUUGGUGACAAACCUGAGAAUAAUUUGGCACUCUUUGGCCUUGCCAAGAGUCAAUUUAUCUGUGGGUUAUAACUCCAUCAUUAACAUCACAACAAGGGCAGCUAACUCAAAAUUGAGAGGCCAGACUGAAGCACUCUACAUCCUGACAAAGUCUAACAACACAAGAUUUGAGUUCAUUUUCACAAAUGUGGUUCCAGGAAGUCCACGGCUCUUUACUUCUGUCAUUGCUGUCCACAGGGCCUAUGAGACAUCUAAAAUGUACAGGGACCUGAAAUUGCGAGCCGCUCUCAUUCAAAAUAAGCAGCUGAGACUCUUGCCACGGGAGCAAGUGUAUGAUAAGAUUAAUGGAGUGUGGAAUUUGUCCAGUGAUCAGGGAAACCUUGGAACCUUCUUUAUCACCAAUGUUCGGAUUGUGUGGCAUGCCAACAUGAACGAGAGCUUUAAUGUCAGCAUUCCUUAUCUUCAGAUUUGGUCCAUUAGAAUAAGAGACUCAAAGUUCGGCUUGGCUUUGGUGAUAGAAAGUUCACGCCAGAGCGGGGGCUAUGUGCUCGGGUUUAAGAUUGACCCUGUGGAUAAGCUUCAAGAUGCACUUAAGGAAAUCAACUCAUUGCAUAAGGUGUACUCAGCCAACCCCAUCUUUGGAGUGGAAUAUGAAAUGGAAGAAAAGCCCCAGCCGCUGGAAGAACUGACGGUGGAACAGCCUCCUGAUGACGUUGAAAUUGAACCUGAUGAGCAGACCGACGCUUUCACUGCUUACUUUGCUGAUGGAAAUAAGCAACAAGACCGUGAGCCAGUUUUCUCAGAGGAGCUGGGCCUCGCCGUUGAAAAGCUGAAGGACGGUUUCACUCUUCAAGGACUGUGGGAAGUCAUGGGCUGAAAUAGUAUGAAAUAAUAGAUAAGACACAACACGCUUAACUCCUGAGUAGACUUGUAAGACUGAGUGUUGGAUCCGUGCUGUAGAAAAUCAGAAAAAGAAAGAAUAGGACAACAUGCCAAUCUGAGUGUCUGUGUAGGUUCUCAGUCGUCCAAGUCAUGGUAAUCCGAGGUUUCUAUUAAAGUGACAACUGGACUUUUCUUAAAAGAAAGAAGUGAAAGAAGUCCGGUUUCCACUUUUAAAGAAACCUCAUUUCGGGCAACGCCCUUUUUAGCGUGCUUUUUACUAAAAUAAUAUGAAACAUAUUUAUUUAAUUAAGCUUCAGAGUUGUAACGUUUAUAUGAUAUUGUGAGGAUAUUUGUGUAUUUUCUUGUAAUGACUAGAAUGUAAAAUAUAAUACGGUUUAUAUUGUUAAAAGUUAAAUGUAUUUAAAUAAAUAUUGGAGAGUACUUUUAAACAUGUCAGUAGGAUAAAUGCUUUAGGUUUGUAAUGUAUCUGGCAAACUAUUAAUUUGUAUUUGGAAAGAACACAGUGAUCUCGGGCUAAAUAAACGGCAUACGGUGCUGAAGUAUUUUAAAAAUCUGAGAAGAGGACAAACUGUCACCUCCGGUGGUAGCAGCUGUUCACUGACCCCUGUCUUGUUAGAUAACUCCCCUGUGGAUGUGUCACCCACAAAUACUGAAUCACGCUGUUGUGAAGUGGCCAUUACUGUCAGUGAAUGGUGACUCACUCCACACGUAGAUGUUUCUAGAAUACACAGGGUUGUAGUAAAUGCCAGCAAUAUCUGUGAACACAGUAAGUGCUGGAACAAAUACUCCUGCCAAUCUGUUGAGUGUUUUCUUGUGAAAGAAUACAUUUCACCCAAUAAGAUAUGAAAUCAAAAGGUCAUAGGUUAUUUCUGUGAGACCAUACAACAAUGUUGUCGCU